AUGCACAAUGCAAUCUUUCAGAUUCUUGAGUAUGUAUUUCGGGCAAUUGAAAACACAAACAUCACUUCAAUUGCGUUGCAAGGCACCGAUUGUGCUGUGAUUAUUUCACAAAAAACAUUUGGAGUUGACGAAGCUACACAAAGCAAGUUGAUUCGAACUGACUCGAUUUCGAGAUUUAAGUCCUUUUCAAAAAACAUAGGAGGAGUUUUGGUUGGGCGUCAAGCAGAUUGCAAUAAUAUUUUUUUGCGUUCUGUUGAUUAUUCAUGUGAUUUUUUGAUGAAAAAUGGAUAUGAAAUUCCGGCAAACGUACUUGCAGAAAAAAUUGCAAAUGCCAAUCAGGUUUACACGCAAUAUGCAUACAUGAGGUUACAAGCUUGCAGUAAGUAAAAAAAUGAAAUAAUUUUAGGUGGAAUAUUAGUAACAUACAACUUUGAUCUUGGAACCCCAGAGAUAUACAAGUUUGAUCCUGCUGGUAUUUGCACUCAAAACAAAGCAGCUUUCAUUACACCUAAAGAAUCUAUCGCGACAAACGCGCUGGAAAAAGCCUUGGAAAGCGGCAUUCCCAAAUCUCUAGACGAAACUAUGAUCAAAGCUAUUAGGGCAAUGACAGAAAUUGUUGGAGCUCAAUUAAACACAAAUGAAAUCGAAAUCGGCGUAGUCACAAAAGAUCACCCCACUUUCAUAAUUUUGUCUAUUUCAGAAGUCGAAAAUUAU